AUGUGAUGCCUUUACAGAACUGUACAAAUUCAAAGAAGGUUUUAGUGGGUCCAUAUGGUGAGACAUACCCACCAAGUCAUGAUGUAAACCAGGCCGUAAAUAUAAAAGCUGAGGAAGUCUCAGACUCACAAGAGGAAGUGGAUCCUUUGAUAAUAACAGUUCAAGAGAUAAAGGCUGAACCUGAGAACUGUACACAUUCAAAGACGGUUUUAGUGGGUCCAUAUGGUGGGACAUACCCACCAAGUCAUGAUGUAAACCAGGCCGUGAAUAUAAAAGCUGAGGAAGUCUCAGACUCACAAGAGGAAGUGGAUCCUUUGAUAAUAACAUUUCAAGAAAUAAAGGCUGAACCUGAGGUGAGCUGUAUGUUUCUCUAUGUCCACUGUAAGGCAGAUAUCACAGAUAGGCAGGAAUUCCAGAUGUCUUUCUCAUCUCCCUCUGCCU